CUUAUACCCGACCGUCGUUGGAUCACAAACAAAAACCUGGAUUCAUUGCUAAAGAUGAUAUGGUUCCAGUCUGUAGCAGUCUAGUGUUUAGUUUGCAAGACCACUGCAAAUUACAGUGACGAUGUCUGGCUGUCAUUGGCUGUGACACCAGAUUUCCUUCUACUAAGCAUAGAACAAGGAGGGUGUAAUGAAUGUGCCACCUUUGACUGGAUGGUGGAGAAGAAAACCAUGCUUGCUCGUGCUGAUCCUCUCUACUUGUGGUCUGUCCGAGCCAUCUGAAGCCUGAGUGUUUUGUGUGCAUGCCCUUAUGUAACCACUGCUUCCAAUAGCUUCUAUCCACUUGGCGGGUAGUUUUACUAAAAUGACUGUCCUGCUUCUCUCAGUCCAAUGAUGCAGUCCCACUCUUAACCUCUUUAUGCAAUAUCAGUGACGAUGGAGCAACUGGAACACAUAGAAGGAUCUCACAACCAAAUGACCUCCCCAUGCAAAAAAAUGACCCAGGAGUUACUGGCCUGCGAAAUCUACAUAAUACUUGUUACAUGAACGCAGUAUUACAAUGUCUAAGCUGCACCACACCACUUGUAGAAUAUUUCUUCUCUUGGCAGUUUGAGACAUUCAUUGCUAGAGAGAAAAAAGAACUAGCAAAUGCAUUUGCUAAACUAAUGGCAGAUAUGUGGUUUGGGAAAUACCAAUAUGUGUCACCAGAAGACUUCUUGUCAGCUAUAUGUAAUGUUCAUCCGCCUUUUGGAAAGCACUCUCAGCAGGAUGCUCAGGAAUUAUUGAUUUAUACCCUCAAUGCAUUACAUGAAGACCUAACAAAUAAUGCUAAGAAAAGUCCUUCCGACACUAAUGGAAGCCACAGUAUGAGGAUGCAUACAUCAGAAUCUCUCAUUACUCACUUAAUACAGGGGGUUCUCAGACAAAAUACAGCUUGCCUGGCAUGUGGACACACAAGUCACAAGGAUGAUGUGUUCACUGUGCUGUCACUUCCUAUAGCCUCUAAAAAGGAGUCCUCUGUACAGGAAUGCCUUGAAAACUUCUUUGAACAAGUAACGUUAACCACGACAAACAAAAUCUUCUGUCCCUUAUGUAAAAUUAAGCAAGAUGCUUCAGUCAAAACCCAGAUAUGGAAACUGCCUAAAAUUCUAAUACUUCAUUUAAAAAGGUUUGAGUAUAAAGGCCAACUGAAAAGAAAGCUGAAGACGAAUGUAGAUUUUCCUAUGAAAAAUUUGGAUCUGAAACCAUUCCUCUCAACAUUGUGUGUAAAACACCAGAAGUACAGGUUAUAUGCUGUAGUGAACCAUUAUGGAGAACUAGAUUAUGGCCACUACACUGCAUUUUGCAAGAAUCCUGGGACCAAAGAGUGGAAUGCCUUUGAUGACAUUAGCAGUGUCCAGAUUACAGAGUCUGCAGUGAAAACAUCUUCUGCUUAUAUAUUGUUCUAUACUAACCAGGCAUUCAGCUUCCCAAAGAAGACAAACUCCUCCAUUCCAUACUGAUACGGAGGUUAACAAUAAACACAUGUGCAUGUUGA